AAAGGGGACUCUGAUCACUGAUAUAGACUGCAGGUCACUGAGAUAUAGACAUACACACUCAAUAUGAGACUUUUGGGAUUUGUUUUGACGGUCGCUUUCGUUUACCAGGCGAAAAGCAGAACCAUGGAUGAGGCCUUAUCAAGUGCCAUUGAAAAUAGCCAGGCUUUUGACUUGGUUUCCAGCGAGUCUUCCGGAAUUGUCCGAGUGGAACUUGAUAUCCUUAUGUUUAUGGACGACUAUCUUAAGGAAGGAAAGGCAAGAGAGGAAGAACAAAAAGGCAAAAGGAAGAAGAGGAAGGCUUAUAGAUUAGAGAGCUCAAGAUGGCCAAACAACCUCGUCCCGUACACGAUAGAAUCCGGAACUUUCAGUUCUUCUGACAUAAACGUGAUUAAUAACGCUAUCAACACAUGGAACACCCAGACGUGUUUGAGAUUCCAAACCAGGAGUUCUGAGAAUGAUUACGUCGUAUUUCAAAAUGGCAAUGGAGGCUGUUCCUCCUUCGUUGGACGUAUUGGCGGAAGUCAAGGCAUCAAUCUUGCUAAUGGCUGCAGAUUUAGAGAUAUUGUUGAGCACGAGAUAGGGCACGCUAUUGGUUUCUGGCACGAGCAAAGCCGGCCCGACAGAGAUGGAUACGUUACUGUUGUGGAGGGCAAUGUUAUUUCCAGUCUAUUGUAUAAUUUUGAAAAGAAGCCAGUUUCUCAAGUGAACACGUUUCAAGUCGCAUACGACUACCGCAGUGUGAUGCACUAUGGACAGAACGCUUUCAGUGUCAACGGUCAGCCUACAAUCCGGACCAUAGACCCCGCUUUCCAAACUGUAAUUGGAACCGCACCAACGCUCAGCUUUAGAGAUAUCAAGCUGGCUAACUUGAUGUACAAUUGUGCCGCAAAUUGUCCAAGCCUACUUUGUCCCGGAGAAGGUUUUGUCGGCAAAGAUUGUUCCUGUAAAUGUCCAACCGGAAAUCCCAAUUCCCCUAUACAGAAUUGUGCUUCCAUCCCUCAGAGCACCACAACCACCCAAUCUACCACCAGUGGUGCUGUGGUUGCUUCCACGACCGCCGCUCCCCCUGUCGCCGGUUCAACCACCACCCCUGCCGUGGUUCCAACAACCACUCAACCUGCGUGCCAGAACAGACACCGAUUAUGUGGACUUUGGAGCAGAUUUGGAUUCUGUUCACGCAGCCGAUUUAUAAGGAUGUACUGUAAAGUAUCCUGCAACACAUGCAAUGCCGUGGAAAGGUGCGAGGACUUCGGGAUGCAUUGUUCAUAUUUGAUGAGACGAGGAUUUUGUAAUAGCAGAAACCGAAGAAUCAGCAGUUAUAUGCGUUCUAGUUGUGCUGCUACUUGCGAAUUCUGUGAAGCUGGACAGUUACUUGGAGUAAACGCACAAAGCAAUGCCCCUGGACUCGGAUUUACUAGUUUAAUCUUCCUAGUUCCAAUGAUGGUCUUGAGUCAGUUGCUGCAUUUGUAGGAAUGUCUGAUGAACAGUUCAAAGUUGUGGUUAUUAAUGAACCAAUGAACUUAAUGACGCAGCCGUUUUGAAAAACCACAUUUGCAACCAUCAACCAUUAGCAUGACAUUUUUGAUCACGUGUUUUUUUUUCAUUUGAUAAAAUCUUUAAUUGAUGAACAUGACUAAUGAAAUAAGAUUUUAUAUUUCUUUAAAAAAAAUCAUGUAUAGGCUUUCUAAUGAUUUAUCACGUUUGAAAACUUUUAUUAAGUGUUUGCAAUAAAUGGCCUAACAUGAAAAAA